GGAUGUUUUUGAUCAUUAUCCUGUGGCUGACCCACCACCUGCCAAAAAGUUCCAGUUUUGUUUCGUCUGUCUGAAGGACAUUCUUCCAGAAGCUUUGUUACUUGUCAACAUGCAGUUUGGCAAAUUCAGGUCUGGCUUUUUAUAUUAUUUGUGUUUUACAGUGAUGUCCUCCUUGGUCGUCUCUCAUGACGUCCACUUUGGCUCUUACGGAUGGUGCGAUCUCACACACUGAUGUACCCUGACCUUGGACGUCACCUUUAAUUUCUUUGGAGGUUGUUCUGAACUCUUUUGUUGCCCUUCGCAUUAUACAUUUUUUUCAAUUUGUCAUCAAUUUUCCUCCUGUGGAUCUUAAAAUAUGUGCAGCUGUAGUCAGAGGACAGUCACCGCUGCUUGUAGACGGUCUUAAAGCAUUUAUUUACCUUUCACUUGUCCAUAGUGUUCUUUGUAAUUCCCUGAGACAACGCUGUCCUUCAGCAUGUUCAGUGUGGUUACACACCAUGUCACCCAGCAGCACGGUGACUACUAGUUACCCUUCAAAGAACCCGAUCAACUGAUUCCAAGUUUCGAGACACCUGGUAUGCUAAUUAGAGGACACACCUUUGUUUGAACAUGUCCCUGUGGUCAAAUUAUUUUCAGUCUUUUCUCAGGGUAUCAUCAUUUUUGUCCAGGUCUGUUUCAUGAGUUAGUGUUUUUUUUUAAAUAAUUCAGUUGAACCACAAUUCAAAAGCAAUAUCUGAUUUUAAUUUUCAUCUAUUAUUCCUUUUGUCAGAUUUACAUUUAUGUUGCUGUAAUUCAUCAGCUUAUCUCUUCCUGUUCUCCUUCUGCCCAUCUCCAACAGCAGCUCAUCCAUCAAGCAUGGCACCACAGUCACUGAGGUGCUGCUUCUGCAGUGUCCCAAGCUGUUCAAAUAAUUAAAGUUUCCAAAUCUGGGUUUUCCAUGGCUCUCCAGCUGAUGCAGAGGCACACACCCGUUGGUUGAGGGCGAUUAAAGAAGAUGAAGGGCCCCUUUUUAAAAUCCUGCGUGGGAGCGCUUUUGCCUGCAGUCAGCACUUCACACCAGGGAAUAAGCAUGUUUCUACCUGUGGAGGAAACAAGACGAAGAAAGGCUCAGUGCCAUCCGGACUCAAGUGGAAUGAAUGGAGAAGAGACGGCAGCACAGAGGAUACAUCCUGUGCAGGUCCAGCACUAAAAGAUCACAACUACACCUGCCAUCUGUCUUCUGAAGAUGCAUCCCAGGCAGGUGCAGUGCUGCAAGAUCACGACUACAUCUACCAUCUGUCUUCUGGCAGCAGCACAGAGGGUGCAUCCCAUGCAGAUGCAGCACCUGAAGACCACGCUUACACCCUCCACCCCUCUGCCGGUGGUGAUGAAAGAAGCGAAUCCCCAUGAGGAAUGGAGCUUCGGUGUGGAGCAGCGGCACCCAAAUGUCCUCCACAUAAAAGAGGAACAGGAGGACCCAGAAGAUGCCACAGCUUUCUCCAUUGUGUAUGUAAAAACCGAAGAUGAUGAAGAAGAAUCUGAGUUGUCGCAGCUUCAUCAGUCAGAAUCAUUAUCGCCAUUCACAGCUGACUCCUUGACACCAGCCGCAGUUAUCCAGAAACGGGUGGAGAUUAAAAGAGAAGAUCCCCAUGACUGGAGCGCCAGUAUCGACCAGGAGGAACCAGAGCGCCUUCACAUCAAGGAGGAACCAAAAGAAAGUCAGGAGGCAGAGCAGCCCAGUGACUCGGAGGAUGAUAGCUCGUGGUUCCCCAAUGUUGUUGUAAAGAGUGAAGAUGAAGAGGAAGACACUGAGUCGUCCAUAAAGGCCGAAGAGCCUCUAACCAGCUGUUCCUUCAAACUGAUUAAAACAGAAAGUGAUGGAGAGCAGUGUGAGGGAGCAGACUCUGCCAGGAGUCAUUUUCAGAUUACCACCGAUGGAGAGGAAUCAGACUGCUCUGAGACUGAAGUCAGCGGUGAGGACGACGACGGCGGCCCGGGGUUUUCUCACGCCGUUGCUGUAACUGAAGAUAGUAGCAGAGGUUGGAAAGAGAGCAGGUCAUGUGAGUCAGAUGUUGGAAACUAUUUCAGCUCUUCUGUGUCUCUUCAGAACCACCUUUCCAACCAUUAUGUUCAGAGCAAAACAGCCGCCCCCACAGGAGAGAAACCUUCAGUUUGCCGUAUUUGUGGCAAGAGGUUUGCGGAAAAGUUGGACCUGAAGAUGCACAUGAACGUGCAUAAGGUAGAUAAAACAUUUGUGUGUGGCGAUUGUGGAAAAACGUUCAGGCAAAGCUCACAUCUGAAGGUACACAUGAGAAUUCAUACGGGAGAGAAACCAUUCAGUUGUAGCUUUUGUGGUCGAGGGUUCACGGAUAAUUCAAACCUUACCUCGCACAUGAGAGUCCACACAGGUGAAAAGCCUUUCAGCUGCGACGUGUGCGGGAAAAAGUUUAAGCUGAAGUCAUUACUGAAAGGACACAUGAGUGUCCACACGGGAGAAAAACAGUUUAGCUGCAGCAGUUGUGGGAAGGAAUUUCCGGUCAAAACAUAUCUGGACUCGCACAUGAAAAUCCACACAGGGGAGCGACCCUUCGACUGCCAGAAGUGUGGGAAAAAAUUCAAACAAAAGUCACAUCUGGAAAAACACAUGAAUGUUCACACCACAGAAAAGCCGUUUUGUUGUGGCGAUUGUGGAAAAAGAUUUAAACAAAAGUCUUAUCUGAAAACGCACAUGAGCGUCCACACAGCGGAGAAUCCGUUCGGCUGCGAUGUUUGUGGAAAAACAUUCAAAUAUAAGUCGGAAUUGGAACGACACAUACAAAUCCACACGGGAGAAAAACCAUUCAGCUGUGAUAAUUGUGGUAAAAGAUUUACAAGAAACUCACUGUUGAAACGACACAUGGAAGUCCACACAAGAGAUAAAACGUUUGGCUGUGAGGACUGUGGAAAAAGGUUCAUAAAAAACUCUCAUCUGAAGCGGCACAUGAGUGUCCACGUGGCAGAGAAAGCAUUUGGCUGUGAGAUUUUAAGUAACGAUCUGAACUAGUUUGAGUUUAUAUAUGAGAGAAUAACCUAACUGUGUGACUAUAAGCAUGAAAAAUCUUUCAAUGCUUUUUGAAGAAAAACUUUUCUGUAAAAUAUUUGGUAGGAAAAUUCAAAGAAAAUGGAAAACACAUGGAGACACUUUUACUCAGAGUCAAACCUCCGUAACGUCGGUGUUUUGCUGUGCUGACACUUUUAUGGUCAAUUCGAUUUCACAUUUUUUUCUUCAUUCAUAGCUCCCCAUGUUGUAAUGCUGUAAUCUUACAAUAAGGAGAAAACCUUUAGUUGAAAUGAUGUAAAUGAUGUAUUUCUCAACUAAACACUAAACUGCUGUUUUUAUUUUGAUGUGAAGACCAGUCUGAAUUUACAUGUUGCUAUCCAUAAAAGAGACAUUUAGCUUUUUCAUUAUACAUGGUGAAAAGAUUGUAGAGCGGCAGUCUCUCUCUGUCUGGCUCCCUGUUAGACUUAGCAGUUACUGAUAUUCACCUUGCUGGAGAAAAGUCUUUAACAUACUGUCUGACAGUAUGGCAGAUGGUGGCGCAAAAAGGCUUGAAACAAUCAUAUUGGAAAAAAACUACAACAAUUCUAACACCAGAGAAACUUCUCCUCUUGGCUCAGAUACUGACCUUGUUGUAUAUAAGCUCACGUGUUCUGCAGUGUGUGAUUGAACCUGUAUUUGUUGUUUACGUAAGUGACUGUACCUGUGUUUGUUUGCUGCCGUCUUGGUCAGGUGACUCUCAGGAAAGUGGUUUCAGUCUGAAUGAGUAGUUUCACUCCUAGAUGAUGAGAGCCGCUUCUCAUCUGCUCACUAAAAACAGCUCAUUCUUUUUUCAAGUUGUGAAGGAUCUAGAGCUUUUUUUUGUUGUUGUCUGGCAUCAUAUCAUCAAUGUGGAACCAAGUUCUCCAUCAAAGGUUAAUUUAUCUUUCUGCUCAUCUGUUUGUGAAACUCUUGAGUCACUUUUUCUUUUUUGAAAUAAAAGUUUCAGGACUGUAAUCAACCUGAUUGAACCACUUCCACCAACCUGUUGAUGUGCAAUUUAUCAAUAACCAAAACCUCGUUUUAACAAGACACUUUAUUUUUAUUUAAAAAAAACAAAGAUUUUUUUUCACAUUGCAGAUGUAAAAAAAUAACACGAGAACAUGUCUUAUGACAUGAAAUACAAUACAACAUAAAGCUACAUGCAAAAAUAAAUUUAUAUGGAAGUUUUGCGUUAUGUCUUUGGAAAUGGACAAAUAUUUUAUGUGAUACGUUUUCUUCAUAUGUUUAAGACUUGAGCUCAGACACAGAAACCCAGUUUAGUGUGCCGAAAAGAUCUAAUCUCUUAUUGGCUGGCCAACACUUAAAAAUAAAUUAUUGACUGACACAAGCACAUUGUAUAGUUGACCAAUAACUGGCUGCUUUAACUUAAAAACUCAGCUGUUCUUCCCAAAGCAGGAGCUGGACACGGUCAUACGCUUCAAUAAAUGCUCUAGUUGCUCUUUCAUUCUUUCCUUCAUGAGCGACUCAGCCUCAAAGCGCUGACAGCUCAGCUACACUCCAGUGAAACAGCUUUUAAUAAAUAAACCAGAGAUGAAGGAAUACUGAAGUAAUUAGUUACUUUUUAAGUGACUCUGUUCAGUUGACCGGUUCACCCACAGGAGUCGCUACAAGAUAAUGUUGCAUGAACUUAAAGGGGCUUCGCUUAACAUGCUGAUUCCCACAUUCUGCAAAAACACAAACGUGUGUGCAUUAGCGUAUAAUUUAAAACUCACCAUAUCUCCUAUAGUGCAUUGAUUGAUAGAAACCGAAUGGAUCUCUGUGUGUGUAUUGCUGUUGUCUCUGUGACGCCAGAAGAAGUCGAAUUAGGGUGUAAAGAGUCUUAAAGGAUAAACGCAGUCAGUGAGACUAAACACACUCAGUAAAAUCUCAUGAGGUCCGUAUGAGCCGACUGGAGCGUCACAGCGAAUCACCGAGCAGAACUGACUGCUCAGCUUAUCUUGAAAAUAGUAAUUUUAUUGUUUUACUUUGUCCAGGUGGUUCUAAUUGAGAUUUCUUGGGUUUUCAACUUAUUUUUUGUCCACCUUGCCUUUGCUGUGGAAGAUUCAGUCUUGUUUGUCUUAAAUGUGUUUGACCUUCAUACAUUUCAAUAAAUGGCAAUGAUC